CGUCGCAAAUUGAUGACGUCAGGAUCCAGCGACUUGACGCCUGCGUACUUAGGAUCUAGCGCUGAUGCAAGACAUUUUCGGCGAAGCAGCACUGUAGGACUGUGCGAGAGGAAAGAAAGUAACCAGUCAAAUCAACUUUUACACCUGCAAACAUGUCAGGAGAUGAGAUGAUUUUCGAUCCCAACAUGACCAAGAAGAAGAAGAAGAAGAAGAAGCCCUUCAUGCUGGAUGAAGAAGGAGGGGAGGGAAUGGGAGGAGAAGAGGCUAAAGAGGUAGAAAUGAAGGAGGCAGAACCAGAGGCUGGAGAUGACAAGGAACUUGAUCUAGAUGAAGAUGAAGGCAGGAAGAAAGAACCAUCUGAUGAUUUGAAUGACUUAAACUUCUUCAAUCAAAAGAAAAAGAAGAAGAAACCCAAGAAAGUAUUCGAGAACGAUGUGGAUGAGGGAUUGAAGGAGUUGAAAAUUGAAGGAGAGCAACCGGAGAUUGCGGAGGAAGACAACCUGGACCUUAUGCUUACCAAGAAAAGGAAGCCAAAGAAAGUAGACUUUGACGAAGGAGAGCCACUGGAGAAGGAUGAAGCUCUGGAGGAUGAUGAGGGAAAGAACAACGAUGGGAUCUCUUUCAGCUCCUCCACAGGACCAGCCUGGGCUGGCUCAAAAAGAGACUACACUUAUGAUGAGCUCCUGAAUCGGGUCUUCAACAUUAUGAGAGAGAAAAACCCAGACAUGGUGGCCGGAGAGAAGAGGAAGUUUGUGAUGAAGCCUCCUCAGGUGGUCCGAGUGGGAACCAAGAAAACUUCAUUCGUCAACUUCACAGACAUCUGCAAACUGUUGCAUCGUCAGCCUAAACAUCUCCUUGCUUUCCUGUUGGCUGAGCUGGGAACAAGUGGUUCCAUAGAUGGAAAUAACCAGCUUGUGAUCAAAGGCAGAUUUCAGCAGAAACAGAUAGAAAAUGUGUUGAGAAGAUAUAUCAAGGAAUACGUGACAUGUCACACCUGCCGUUCCCCAGAGACCAUCCUGCAGAAGGACACUCGCCUCUAUUUCCUGCAGUGUGAAACGUGCCACUCCCGCUGCUCUGUUGCCAGCAUCAAGACUGGCUUCCAGGCUGUGACAGGCAAGAGGGCACAGCUCCGCGCCAAAGCCAACUAAAGACCGGGCUCCUCCUCAUCUCGGCCUCCCCUUUUGUCAAUCAGAAUUGCAGAGGCCUGGGAUGGAAGCUCCCUUGUUUCACUAAAAGACUCUCUGACUUGAACUGUGGGGGGUUUGCCUGCUGUUUAUUUGUGUCAUGGCCUGACCAGACACGGAGUGCAAGAGUAUCUAAAGCUGACAGAUUGGGUUCAGGUGCUGUUAACAGAUUAUGUUUACCACAUAGACUGUUGGAUGCAUUUGAUUUGUUGUCUGGUGGAAGAACCCUCCACCUCCUACGCCUUUUUCCAUUUUCUUUAAUUUCAGAUUUCUGCAAGAAAAACCUGACUUAACAUGGCCUUUAUCCUCCCUCUUCUUCCCUUUACACACACUUCUGACGUGUGUUUCUUCAGAUAAGUAACACAUUGACACAUUUUUGUUAAAGCUUGAGUAGGCAACUUUAAAGGAGACCAACAAGAGCAAGCUAGUUUUUGACACUGUGCAAUGGAAGCAAUGCCAAAGCCUCUUCCCCUGAACAUAAACAUGUACUCCAUGUGUGGUCGAUGACAGAAUGUUGGGGAGUAGAGUGCAGAGGACAUAGUUGUCAUCACUACUCUUAUCCAUCCUUUAUCUGCCAUCUCUUUGUGACUAGCUUGCUUUAUCUUGUGGCAGACUGCUCAUGCGCAUUUAUUGUAAUGUUUUACGAAUUGUUUACUGUAGUGAUUUAAAGAGAAUUUCAACAACGAUUUCAAAAAUGCUUCACAAGUAGAUUGCCUUUCCAGGCUUGAAGCUAAGUGGAAACUCCAAUAGCCAAACUAAGUUACCUUGGUAUUCGUAGUAAUUUGGCUCAUGUGGUCACCUCUUGAUUCAUAAUUCUUGCAUUGCUAAAUUACAAACUGCCCAUCAGAAGAAUCAGUGACAGGCUCCAAACAGACCCUCUACAUAUGACUUUACAGCAGGAGAUGACAGAGUUACUCAACAGUAGUUCAAAGGUACUUUGAUUUGCUAAAGGGGAGAACACCUCAAUCUCAUAGAGAUUUGAGAUAAAUCAUACUGUGUUUUUGAGUGCUAUUAUGGCAUUGAGAAACUUUGGAGAUUUGAUAAAGAGGAAGGAAAACUAAAUUAAAGUCAUUAAGAGCAGGUUUCUGAAGCUUAUGCAACCCCCCUUCAAAGCAGAUUCUGGUCAGUAAAGUAUUAUUUUCAAGUCUGGUUAAAAAAAAAGAUCCAUCACAUAGGUGACAGGCAGACUUUCAGUCAAAUUAUACAGCAUACAUGAUAUGGGUUCUGGUCUUGUUUGCGGAGAAUGUAGAUAAGGUCUCGCUUAUAUCAUUUUAAAACUGGUUUUUACAAAAAUAAAAUAUUCUACUCUCUCUCCA